AUGGAGGCACUAAAAAGUGACCCGCCGAAGCUUCCCGACAUGGUCAUGUGCGGCGAUCACCCUUCGUUCAUUAAAAGCGAACUGAACGUGAACAUGGAUGGCAAGGAGAAAGAGAAGCUGAAAGACAAGAACGUGCUGUCUUAUGCAAAAAUAUCACCAACGACAUCCCACACGGAGGGUCCCACAGAGAGCCGCGCGCGCCUCACGUCGGAGCACGCGCUGCGCCGCCGCGUGCGCGAGCUGGAGCGCGACCGGCCCGACCUGGCGCCGCUCGCCCCCGCCCGCCCCGACCGCCCCGCCGCGCAAGUGUUCCCGUUCGGCGCGCUGGGUAGCUUCAGGUGGCCGCCGUAUAUACUGGCCGUGUGGGUGCUAGUGCUGGUGCUCACGCACGUGCUGCACUGCCUCGUCAGCGUGCUCGGGCGAGCACUACCGGUAUUAAAGAAAUGCACCCAGUAUUUCAGAACAUGGUCAGAGGAAACAUGGAAUGGGCAGACAGAUCUUAACCAGAAGUUGGUCCCGGUCGGUCUGGCGGCGAUUACGGCGAUGCUGUACUGUGUUUAUUUCGCACUCUACAUCAUCUACGGUGUAGUGGUGUGGUCCGUCGAGCCGCUCUGUUCCGACGUGGACGAGAACCGUAGCAGCAUUGACUUGGAGGCAAAGGUCGUUGACUACAUCGAAGACUCAAAUAGCAAAACAAAUUCCAACAUCAAACCAUAG